CAGCCACCAGUUAGUCAGAGAAUUCUUGAUGUUCAUGCACAUAAAGGUUUUUGUGGCAGUGCGUGUUGUUGUUAUUGUCGUGCUACACCAACUGUGCGCCAGGCUGCGUGUGUGUGCCGAAGGAGUCAAGCCAACCACUGUGCACCCCGCAUUCGCACAGCGUCGACCACGACGACAACACACACGACACGAUACCACUCGGAACGGUACGGUCGGCCGCACGCUUGUGACUGUAUGCAGUGGCAUAGGUAAUUCCCAAUUGUACAGAUCGCUAACGGAAACGAACGCAAACGCAGUUAGAAAAAUUUCGUGCGCACCGCUAACUGACGGAUCAACGGCUGUACAGAGCGCUGUUUAGACGGUACCGCGGUCGCGAAAAUUAUUUGAACAAAGUGAAAAUCGUUUUGAAAAUUUUCGAAAUAUUUAGCAAAUGUGAAUAGUCGUCAAAGAGUGCGCGAAAAUUAUUAUUUUCGCAAUUUUUGAAAAAAAAAAAAACCAAUGAAAUGCGACGGCAAACGAACGCAGUGAUUUAAUUAAAGCAAACAGUUUUGUGAAGAUAUUGACGCACUAAAGAAAAUUUAAAAUACUAAAACAGAAUGUUGAACAUUUUCGAAUGUGUUUUUGAAAGAGCUUAUGUGUUUAUAAAAAAUGUGCUCCGUGAAGCCUUAAACAAUUUGAGUCUGCGGAAAUACCAAAUAGAGAACUAAGGCAGUUUGCGCAAACAUACAAAUAGUUUGAGAGCCACUGCUAACAACUUACCAUUGACCUACUGCCGUUAUCUACUCCGAUCGACGCGUACAUUCGAACACCCAUACAGCCACAAACCCCCCUCUCUAUCCCCCAAAGCAGCCUUCAAAAUGAUGAUGAACGCCUUCAUUGACCCUACACCCUCGCAGCACCACCUGGCCACCUAUGGACUGCGUAUGUCACCUACCACACCCACCAAUCAGUCGGACAUGCUGGGCAGCAGCGCGCAACAGCAGCACGCACAGCAACAACAGCAACAGGUGCAACAGCAGCAACAACAGCAGGCGCAGCAACAGCAACAAGCCCAACAGCAACAGGCGCAACAACUGGACACUAGCGGUCUGAUGUCCUCAGCCAUGUCGCUGGGCGCUAGCGUCAGUGACAUGUCCUCAUCCGUAGGCGCCUCCGCCGCCAGCGCGGCUGCCUACCAGAAUAGCGGCUACAGCCACUUCAACACACAACUCGGCUCGGCGUAUUCAUCACCACGCGAUUUUUUGCUUGGCCGCCGCACGGACAAUGACUACAUGUCCGGCGCUACCACAUCACAGCUGGUCGGCCAAAGCGCCGCUACUACAGCCGCCACCGCUGCCGAUUCUAUGCUAUUUCCCUCCUUUCCCGCCACACACGCCCAACAUCCCGAUCUGACAACGUCCUUCGGCAAUCACCCCUUUCAUGCGGCGGCCCAUCACCAUGCGGCAGCAGCGCAUCAUCAUCAGCAUCAGAUGCGCAUAGGCAUGGCGGACUACGCGCACCCGUAUGCACAUCAUGCGGCGCAACACCACACCAACUUCCCGUCGGUGCAUCAUCAUCAGCAUCCCGCCAUGUCCAUGCAUCCGGCGGGCGCGGGCGCUUUUCUGCGCUACAUGCGCCAUCAACCGUCGGCGGCGUCGGCCAUCAAGCAAGAGAUGCAAUGCCUUUGGGUGGAUCCCGAUCAGCCGGGCGGCCCGAAUGGACGCAAAAGUUGCAACAAAAUCUUCCACACUAUGCACGACAUCGUCACCCAUUUGACAGUGGAGCACGUCGGCGGACCGGAGUGCACCACACACGCCUGCUUCUGGAUUGGCUGCUCGCGCAACGGUCGGCCAUUCAAGGCCAAAUACAAGCUGGUCAAUCACAUACGCGUACACACGGGCGAAAAGCCGUUCGCUUGCCCGCAUCCCGGCUGCGGCAAGGUGUUUGCGCGCAGCGAGAAUCUCAAGAUACACAAGCGGACGCAUACCGGUAAGUCGUUAAACUAA